UCCAGAUAUAUUAAAUUUAAAUUGGUGCUUCUUAUCAUCAUAUCGUCAAGAAUCUUUUGAACACAAAAAAAUUAUGAAAUUGGAAGGACCACACAUGUACGAACUUUUCUCUAUUAUAGUUCACAGUGGUACUCCUAUUAACGGGCAUUAUUAUGCCUGUAUAAGAGAUUUUCGGAGUGGGAAUUGGCUAUCUUUUAAUGAUCACAUUGUUACACCGAUUACUCAUGACAAAAUCACAGAAACAUACGGAAAUGGUAUAAGUACUGCCAAUGCAUAUGUUGUUACGUACCGACAAAUUGAUAGGGAAAGGAACGCUUUACCUAUAGAGAGCAGCCAGUUUCCUCCACAUAUUAAGGAAUUAUUAAGCGAAGAAAAUACAAAGGCGGAACAACCUGUUAAAUUCGAUCCAGAAAAUCAUAGCUCAAUAGCUGGCAGCUUUUGGGGCAGCACAUGUAAAACACAUGAUAAUUUGUCGUUACAAUACCCCCUCAACGAUAUAGAACAUGAAUGUAUCAGUGACAAUUAUGUUGAUUUGUUACCUCCUUCUAUCGCUAUGAAAUUGUAUUCCGAAAAUGAUUGUUCAACCGACGAAAUGCAAAGCCAUGAAAAAGUAGAGAAAUGGCUCAUAAUGAGUGAUUUUGUACAUACAAUCACUUAUUCGUGUACCAUUGCGAAAGAGCAAUUGUCAAAAUACAAAUUUCUUGUAAAUUGCUAUCCUUCAAUUCAACAUUAUAGCAAUAACAUAAAAAAAGUACGAGUUACGCAAACGACUGGAUUUUGAUACUAAUGUGGAAGUCUCAGAUUUGGUUGAUCAAUCAGAAGAAAAUAAAAUGAUGAAUUUCAGUA